AUGUUUUAAUUAAAAGCAGUUUAAAAUGAAAUUAAACAUUGUCUUAAUAAAACACAAAAUAUACACUCUGAAUAUAAAAAAGCAGCUAAUGAAAAGAUUAAACGUUAAGUUUAAAUACUAAAUCCGAAUAUAACAGAAACUGAAUAAAGAUAAAUUCUAGAAGAUCCAUAAGGUAUGGAUAAAUUAAUGAUGAAAUAAAUGAUGGGAUAAUCAAGUGUUUAAUUAUAAUAUGCUUAUUAGGAUAUUAAAGAAAAAUAUGAAGGGAUUAAAAAAUUAGAAUAGAGUUAUUAAUAAGUUUUUUAAAUGCUUAAUGAUAUUGCAGUUUUAGUAAAAACAUAAGGAGAUAUGAUUGAUGAUAUUGAAAUAAAUUUAAAAAAUACAUAGAAUUAUGUUAAAAAAGCAAACAAAAAUUUAGAAGUGAUGAAAAAAGAACAUAAUAAAGGUAGAAAAAAACUAUGUUGUAUUAUUUUUCUUGGAUUAGGACUUUUAGGAUUAAUUUUAACUCCUUUUAUUAUGAAAGCUACUUGA